AUCGUAUCCCCGCAUCCUAAAUCGCCCUUUUUAACAUUUGGACAUGUUAAAAAAGGCGAUUAAGGCGGGUCCAGGUUACUCGGACUAAGCUAGGGUGUACAUGUAGUUUUGACAGGAUUUGAAUGUCAGCAAUGGUCAUGAUGGUACUAGGCCCAGGCCAGUCGGCCUAAUGUUAUACCAGGAUAUUCCGUCAACCAGGAAAAGAUAGUAUGGAAAAGCACUGGGUGGAGGACUUGUUCCCUCCAUUUUACACUUACACCUUGGACCAAGAUGAGAAUGUUGGGACAACCAGCCCAUCUCAUCAGGCGGAGGUUGAGGAGAAGGAUGACAAUGGAGAGGACCUGCAGCGGAUCCAGAGGCUGUAUGACAGGGUACGGAUCCAGCUGAAUCACAAGCACAAGGAAUCACGGCAGAAGUGCAUUCAGGUAGGAGAGCCUUUGGCAGAACACCUUCCACCACAAUCACCAAGCAGUGGGUGUGCCAAAACAUCCAAAGAGAAAAGGAAGACCCCUUCCAAGACGGAAGAGGAUGAGUGCCUCUGGACAGCUAAGGAGCUGCAGAUUCUUCGCACAGCGGCAGAGGCAGCGAAGCAGGAAAAUGCCCGCCUCAAUGCAGAGCUCAGCAUCACAGGCAAGCAGAAAGAGAAGCUCGCUCGCAGAUGUAAGCAGCAGUCAGCAGCCCUUGAAGCCAAGGAUGCAGAGCUCCUGGAGAGAAAGCAGGAGACGGAGAGGUUAUCCCUCUGCUGCCACCAUUUAGAGACAGAACUAGGGCACUCCAGAAUGACUGUGAAGUUUCUGGAAGAAGACAUUGGCGAGCUACGGGACAGCAAGCGCAGACUCAAGAAACAGCUGAAGGAUGCAGAGAGAGAGCUGAGUGAGCUGCGGCUAGAGCAAGCGAAGCUCCAGGACAAACUCCUGCAGGUCAAAAAGGGCAAUGCCCUGGAGAGCAUCGUGAGGGAGGACGGUAUCAGACUCGACUACGAGAGGCAGAUCAAGAGGUUGUAUGAGGAGUUAGAGGAAACCAGGACGAAACUGGAAAAGCAGAAGAAAGAAAACGGCACCAUGAGAAAAGCACUGGAUCACCUUAGAAUUCACUUUGCUAGCCUUCCCUCCAGCAACCUCCAGCAAUCUAAGUUACCAGAUGAGGGUACUGAACUUAGACAGCUGGAGCUGUUCUAGGUUUGGUCAUCACGAGAAGAAAAAAAAACAAGCACCAUUGCGUGCAAUCAAAUUUGAAUAUUUCAUACGUUCAGAAACAGCCAUUUUUGUAAACUACAGUAUUGUCAGAAAAGGUAUGAAGGGAGUUCCCAAAUCUUAGACUUUCGUAAACCAGAGACAUGUGCUUUAUGUACAGCUAUUUAUUUACGAUGAAAGAAACACCACAAAAUAAAGAAACACAUUCAACGGUCACUUCACUUUGUUCCGAUAAAGUGAUAGUUUCAAAUUUAUUUCCAUGAAAAAGUAACAGGCCCACUGAAGAAGUUGUUAGGGUGCAUUGAUAACAUACACAUUAAUUUGAAGAUAAGCCAUCAUGAUUUUCCUGUCUCUUGAGAAAAGAACGUAACUCAAGCUGUGCUGUAAGAUGUCUCAUUUGCAGUGCCUGAAUAAAUCCUGAGAACUUGAUAUGGGUAAUAUGAUCACAUUUUGUGACAUUAGAUGUAUUCAUUCCAAUGUAAAGUUCACCUACACUGCAAAAAAUAGAACAUUAAAAUGGAACGUUCUACUCUACGUUAAUAAGAAAUUAAUUAUCUCAUAGCUGAUUCAGGGAUUUAUUCAGGCAUGCUUUAACACAGUGUAUCACAUUCGUACAUUGUGCACUUACAGACAUUAAUUUCCAUUGUUUGUAUAUCACUCGACCAGUUUUUAGUACAAGUGGCUCACAUUACACUUUGCCACCAAGAGUUUAUCACCGAGAGGCAAGUCUGGCUAUGGAUUAUGGGAAAAUAAGCCAACAUUCAACAUUCCAAAGCUUGAAUAUUAAGUGCAGCAGCUUUGCUUAGAAACACUUGAUGUACAUGUAUGUAAGUUGAAAUUUGAGUUUCUUUGGAAAACAAGGUGAGUUUACUUAAAACAGUUGUAAUUUGGGCCAAGUAUGUAAAUGUUAGGUGCGAUUGACCGAUCGGCAUAAUCGCCUGGUCACUCUGCAUGAUCGACCGAUUCUGCAUGAAAUCUCCAGCUUAACUUCCCUUUUUGAAUCACUGUUUGACAACUGUGAAUAAGACAGAGCGAGCGAUUGGCCGAUGGUAGAAUUAUCAACAAAUCAAGCAGUAAGAUCAAGGGACUGCACAUAUACAGACUGAUUGCACCAAACAGAAACCAUGCAAGGGUGGAUAAUGAAUGGAAGGAUUGUACAGGAAGAUGGUAACCAUUUAAAAGGUUGAUCAAACGCUUAGUGACGACUGCAUUGUGAACCACUUGGACUGCCACAGAGGCAACCAGCUUCAAAUCUGUACAAUAAAUGCACUCAUUUCUGAUUUUGGUUUAUGUCAAAUUUGGUGAGAGUUAUUUUGUUUUUAAAUCUUAUUGUGAAACUUGCAUGAAAAAUUCGUGACGAGAUAUGUUCAUGAACAUUUACAUGUACGUUCAACUCCAUGGAAAUACUUGGAAAUAUAUCCUGCAUCAAAAUCUUAAACCAGUCUCUUUCAGGAUAAAUGUGUAUCCAUGCUGUGCAGUUCACCCAUCAGUUUUGUCACACAAUUCUAGCUCACUUGGUACAGGUAUUUACAAAAGCAGGCUGAACUUGGCUUUCUGGGAAGCAGGGCCUCUUCUCCCUGCAUGAAGAGCAGAUUGCACUGCCUGGCAGACCACUCUGUGAGAGCUCAAGCAAACAGACAUGCAUGUUCCUCUGGCCCAGUACUGACCUAGUCAAUUACCCUUGCAUGCCGAAAUACUGCAUUGCUACAUGUAAAUGGAUCAUUUCAUAAACUUCAGGUCCGUUUCAUAUUUUCUGUCACAAAUACACCUAACGUGUAAUUUGACAAGGGGAUAUGUCACUGAACUUGACUUCAAUGUAUUUUUACCUGUUUACAAUUUCUUAAUCCCUCUUUGGAAAUGGAAAUUGGAAAUAAAGAAUGUGCUCUCAACUUUAAUAUAAAAUCAGUUGACAGAUGUACAUGUAACAGGGACAGGAAAGGAAUUUAGUGGACCUCAAAUUUACAGAAUGACCCAAAUGCAUCUUGAGCCAAGACUGGAACUCAUGACAUCAACAUGCGUGGGCUGGUUUACAUGUAUGCAUAUUGUAUGGUGUCUGCUUCAUUCACAGCCAGUGACAAACACACGCAGAGAGGCUUGGUUGACAAUAACGGAAAGAA